AUGCACCGAGCAACAUUGAUCAGUGCCUUCGCCCUAGUGGCCAUCGCUUCCUUCACCGGGGCCAGCGCUGAAGCCCCGUUGCGCUUCCGGCAGCGUGCUGCAGCACCGAGAUUCGUUCCGCAACGUCCGAAUGGUCGGUUUGCGAGGUUGGAAGAGGCACCAGCGCAGGCGGAACAGCAACCAGGAGCAGCAGCAGCAGCAGCAGCAGGUGACAGUGUAGACGCGUCAUCGGAUGGCUAUCACUAUCCUAAGCCGGUGUCUUCCGGUUAUAAUUACCCGAAGCCGGACCAAGCGUUCCCACUGCCCGGUGAGCAGCCGGUCGAAACGGAAUCCGAGGCUCCAACGGAGGCACCGACGACACCUGGAGAUACCCAGGACCAGGCAACGACGACGGCUGAUCCGGUCGAAGGUUCCGGUGACUAUGACGAGCCGACGGCGGCACCGGCUGUGGACGAUUCGCUCGAAGCUACGACCGUGGCCAGUGCCGACACCGCCACCAACGCUAAGCUGCGCCGGCGCCAACAGCUGGUCAAUCCGAUCCGAUACACCCAGUUCAGUCAGCGUCUGGAGCAACCCGUGCAACCAACAAUCCAGCGCCCAGUGUAUCUCAUCAAUCUGCCAGAAUCUACGCUGCAACAGCUGCUGCUACUCAACAGUCCACUGGCAGUGGCGGCCCAACCCACGAUCCAGCUGGCACCGGAACCGGCCACCGUACUGCUGUCCGAGCUGGAUUACGUUUACAAAAAGAAGCGAAGUGUCUGA